AUGGGCAAGGCCGGCCCUGAAGAUGAUGUUCCACCAUCAAAAGAUCACGGCAAGACACAUGCCGACUCCUCCAAUCCUCCUCCAUCUGAGAUGUCAAAAUCUAAUCUUUCUAAUCCUUAUUAUACCCAUCAUUCAGAUCAUCCAGGGCUCGUCCUAGUCUCUAAACCUCUGAACGGAGACAAUUAUGGAGGAUGGAAAAGGGCUAUGACUCCAGCUCUGAAUUCUAAGAACAAGUUAGGUUUUGUGAAUGGAACAAUCAAGGCUCCCUUGGAAGAAACCGAUCCAGAAGGCUAUGCUACUUGGUCCCGUUGUAACGAUAUGGUCCAUUCUUGGAUCAUCAACACAAUUGACCCAGAAAUCACCGACAGCGUCAUCUACUAUCCUACCGCUCAUGAAGUAUGGGAAGAUUUUCGUGAGCGAUUCUCUCAAGGUAACGCACCACGAAUUUUUGAGAUUCAGCGAGAAAUCGCUUGUCUCCGACAAGAACAGAUGUCAGUCUCAGCCUACUAUACAAAAUUGAAGGGCCUAUGGGAUGAGUUAGCUACCUAUUCAGAGAUAUCUAGUGGACCACAAGCAGAACAACAAAGACUCAUGCAGUUUCUAAUGGGAUUAAAUUCUCUUGAUGAUUCCUUUGCCCACGGUCAUCCUAAAGACAAACAGGGCAUCGGUUUUUCGAAGCCAUCAAGAACAACAAUGCCUUCGGAAAAUCACGUUGGUGAAGUUGUUGGAGAUGAUAAUGGGCCGACAGUGACACUUACUGAAGCCCAAUUUAAGCAAUUUAUGGCGGCCCUCAGCAAUCCAACUUUGAAGUCCAAUUCAAAUGCAAGCUCAAGUCCCAAAGCCAAUGCCGUAACAAAACCAGGAUGCACAAAUUCCGACCCGAUUCUAAUCAGCGUCAAGACAGGUGAUGAUGCACGACGGCUGGCUGAGGAUGGAGCGGCUUGGAAAGCGACGCGGCGGCUGGCUGAGGAUGGAAAGCUUGGGGAGCAAUGCGAAGCAAAUGUUGCGGAGCUGGUGUGCAAUUUGACUGGUUGA